AUGGCCGACCAGUGCAUCGUCUGUCUGGAGCCCCUGGACGUCGAAACCAACACAACCCCACCGAGCCCUGCAGUGCAGGAGCUGCUCGAGAAGCUCAAAGCUCAGCAUGAACGCCUCGCCAUUGAGGACCCAGACGCACUCGCCCGAAUAAAUCUAAGGAACGAAUCUGCAUCCGACAACACCAGCCAUGUAGCCACAAUACCCGUUUGCGGUCACGUACUGCAUGAUAGCUGUUUGCAAGAAUGGAGCGAGAAGGCAAAUAGCUGUCCCAUCUGUCGUCAAACCUUCCAUCUUGUCACUGUUUACGAAAAAGUUGGAGGCAAGUACUUGUUCACCCGCCGAGUCGAGGACAAGAAGCAGGUGCCCGAAUUCGAUCCCCGAGCGCUGGCCGAUGAGAAUCCCCAGGAGCCAGAGCUACCCUCCAACCCCUGUCCUGUGUGCAACUCCGCCGACCAUGAAGAAGUCCUACUACUUUGCGAUGGCUGCGACUCCGCGUACCACACAUACUGUAUCGGGCUCGACAGGGUUCCGGCCGGCCAUUGGUUCUGCAUGGAAUGCGUCCACGCCUUUGGCCCUGAGAUCCUUCUCCAGCCUGAGAACGGUGAUGGUGAGGACGGCAUUUUGGGGGUUCCGAGGUACUUCUUUCCACGCACCCAGGCCAGCAUUCGACGUGCCAUGCAACGGGAUCGAUCAGACGACUGGCAUGGAGCCUGGGGCCGGAUCACAGGCCGGGUUUGGGAUGCAAUCGAAUUGGACCUCGACUACCAAGAUGAAGAAGACUCGGACCUUUUUGAGGGCUUGCGCCGGUCACGGCAAUUACGCGAACGGGAACGACUCGAGCACGAGCGAUGGCAACAGCGACUGAACAUAGCCAGCCGCUUGGGCGCACGAGACGUGUUUGCAAAUAACAUGCCCAGUCUGGUUGCACACACUGUAGAACACCCUGAGACCCCGCAACAGUCCGAGGAGCGGCUAGCCUGGGGCGCUUUUGAGAAGGCGAGAGAUGAGGAGGACCGUAAGCGAAGGCCGCGCUCGCGCUCGCCCGACCCCCAUGAAGAGCCACAUCACGAGCCUGAGCGGAAGCUGAAGCGACCGCGAACGAGACGGCUACUGACCCAGAGUGGCGAGUCAUCAUCCACCGUCAGGGAUCCAGGCCCAUCUGAUCGACAAGACCGAGAAUGCUCACCCCAAAGGGCACAACCAUCGAGGUCAGCGGAGGAGGCCCCCUCCUUUCUUUCAUCGCUGCUCAAGGAAGUUGAAAGCAGCACCCCGUCGAACGAAGAGCGCCUUAGAGACAUCUUUGUCCAUCCUCCUAAUAGCGAGCGGCAUGUAUCUCCCGUCGGGUCGCCAUCGCCCAGCCAUACGUCAACUACGCCUUUGAGCUCACAUAUAGAGCCCAUUUAUCAUCGGAUAAAUAUUCCAUACUCGCCGACGAGAGGAUCGUCACCCACAUCGAUCAAGCAAGCCAGAUCACCCUCACCAAUCGGCCAUCCGCAGAGGGCAGGGCAGUCUUCCCCCGAGAACAGCGACUCAGAGCCUCGCGGCCGUAAGCGGGAGCAUCGUCACCACGACACAUUGGAGCUUCGUCAACCGCAGCCUCGGCGGACAAGGCAUGCGGUACUGCAAAGAUCCCCACAUACGUCUCCCGCACGGAGUCCGUUGCCCUUUGAGAUGAAGCAGAGCAUCAGCAGGAUUGUGCGGAGCGCCCUGACCCCGCACUGGCGAUCUAGCCAGCUGACAGCAGAGCAAUAUGAAGCCAUCAACCGCGACAUCUCACGGAAGCUUUAUGAAGAGGUAAAGGACCCGACGACGGUCAAUGAAGAUACCAAACAGGGCUGGGAGAGGAUCGCGUCGCAGGAGGUUGCGCGCGCGGUCGCGUCUUUGAAGGCCUGA